AUGUCAUCCAAUAAUAAACGAUGUUCAUCAGGUAUUUUAUCGACCGCUCAAACACAAUCUCUUGUGUCAUUCCAACAGCAUGCAACAUUAUCACGUUCAAAAACCUGCAGUUUUACUAGCCCAACCACAUCAAGAUCAAAGCCCGAACGCCUUCAGCCACUUGUAACAAACAAAAAUUCACAAUUAAAUAAUGAAGCACUUCCUGAUGAUGUUGAUAAUCUUCAUCCAGCAAUGGUUAGUGAACUUUGUUUACAUACACGAGGGCUUUCUACCAUACCCAGUUUAUCUCAAUUCAGUAAAUUACAGAUAUUAGAUCUUUCAUGCAAUAAUUUAAUCCGUAUUGAAAACUUAAAAAAUCUAUCGAAUUUACGUGAAUUAAAACUGUAUGGAAAUAAAAUUGAACGAAUUGAAAAUCUUGAAUGUUUAACUCAACUACAAAUUCUUCAAUUACAAUUUAAUGAAAUUCAAUCAAUCGGUCUCGGUCUUAUAUGCCUAACUCGAUUACAAUCGCUUCGUAUAGAUUCUAAUAAACUGUCAAUAAUUAAACCCGAAGAAGUAUUAAAGUUAGCACAACUUAAAAUUCUCGAUAUAUCCAAUUGUACAAUAGAGCAUCUUGAUUUUAUUAACACACUUUCAUCUAUAGUAGAGUUACGUGCGUGUCAUUGCAAUUUAAAAAUAUUACCCAAUCAAUUUCGUAAUCUUCGUAAUUUAAUUGAUGUCGAUUUAUCAAAUAAUGAACUUAAUAACAUAGCAUCAUUAAAAACUUUAUUAUCAUUACGUAUUCUUCGUUUAGCUAAUAAUCAUAUACAAGAUAUACAAGUCAUAUCGUUUCUCGUUCAUUUAAAUGAACUUGAUUUAAGUAAUAAUAAAAUUAACUCACUACCAAAUUCAUUUGAGAAACUUAUUGAUUUACAAUGUCUUAAUGUAUCACAUAAUCGUAUUAAUUCGUGGAAUAAUAUCAGUGUUCUUCACCAUAUGAGUUCACUUUUUAUAUUAAAUUUAAAUGGCAAUUCACUUCUAUCUCAAGUAGAAAAUUUUAUUGAAAAAGUAUCUGAAUUAUGCCCAACAUUAGAAGUAAUUAAUGAUAUUAGUUUAAAAACUGAUGAUUCAACAGCAAAUCCAAGUGCAUCAGAUGAACAACUAAUGAGUAUUGAUAAAGAAUUAAAAGAAGUUGAUCAAACACUUGAAAAGUCCAUAGCAGUUAUUCAAGCACAAUUUGAUGUGAUCUUCAAUGAUUUACAAAAACUGAAUACAUCGAAUCAUGACAGUAAACAAGAUAAAGAAUUAAUGAACAAUAACUUUCUAGAAUCAAAUGAUUCAAAUAAAAAAUCCAUGCAUCGUCUAUUUCAAGCACUAACAUUCAGUGAAGAAAAUUAUCAGAGUGCCGAUCAAGAAACGAAUGAUGUCUAA